GAAUCGAACUUCCAACUAAAAUAACGGCCAUGGAGGUGGUUCAUUGCCUUUUAGAUGGCAAUGCUGAUGCAGUAGAGUUUUGCCCGCAUGAAGGGUACCACAAUGUGCUUGCGGCUUCAACAUAUACACUGCAAGAAGGUGAUCAACCGAGCAGAGCUGGCAGCAUUUCACUGUUUGAUGUCAAUAGUGAAAAGAGAAGCCUUGAAUUGUUUCAUAGGGUGGAUACUGCAGGGAUUUUUGAUAUUAAGUGGAGCCCAGAAACUGGUGGUGUCUGCCCUCUACUUGCUCAGGCGGAUGCUGAUGGGUACUUGAAAAUCUACAGUCUACAGUGUUGCUUGGACGUAGAGAAACCUAGAGGUGGCCUUCUGAAGGUUGUUACUGGGGAGAAGGUCAGCACAUCCAUGUGCCUUUUCCUAGACUGGAACCCAUCAGCAACAUCCAUCACAGUUGGGCUUUCAGAUGGUUCUAUCUCAAUAAGUUGCCUCACAGAGUCCCAAAUAGAAGUUUUACAUGAAUGGAAGGCACACGAUUUUGAGCUCUGGACAACUUGCUUUGACAUUCACCAACCUCAGUUGCUCUACACAGGUUCAGAUGACUGCAAAUUCAGUUGUUGGGAUAUGCGGAAUGGUACUUCCAAUUUGGUCUUCCAGAAUUCUAAAGCCCACAAGAUGGGAGUUUGUUGCAUUGCUAAGAGCCCCAUUGACCCUAAUAUGUUACUUACUGGAAGCUACGAUGAAUACUUGAGGGUAUGGGAUGUAAGAUCAAUCUCAAAACCAGUAAAUGAAACAUGUCUAGGCGGAGGAGUCUGGAGAAUAAAACACCAUCCUUUUGUGUCAGGCUUGGUCUUAGCAGCCUGUAUGCACAAUGGAUUUGGAAUUGUCAGGAUUGAAGGAGGGGAAGCUAAAGUUAGUGAAACUUACAAUAAGCAUGGUUCUCUUGCAUAUGGAGCAGAUUGGCAGAGGGAGAAAUUAUCUGCUGAAGGUAAAACAAAGAAUACUACAGUGGCUACUUGCUCGUUUUAUGACCGUCUUCUUCACAUUUGGUUGCCGGAAAGUGAUGUUUUCUUUUAGGCACAUUCACCAAGUUGAGUUCAAAGGAUCCCAUGGUGCCGAUUGGGGCAUGCUUUUUCUCACUUUUUCAAGUAGUUUGGCUUGUGUUAGCCAAUUAUACAAGAAACUUUUGCCUAAAGUAAAGCUAAGACAGGUAUCCCUAAAACGAGGGCUUUUAUAAAAACUUUUGGAGUGAAAAGAAGCUAGAGUUACAUUUAUUAAGUAGUAUUUUCUUUUCGCUAGUGGAAGAUGCACAUGAAGCCGACACAACUCUUUAUUUUGUCUAUAAAUUGCUAUGUUCCUGUUUACACCCAUUUUUGCAAAAUAGUAUAAUGAUGCCACGUGUCAUCCAUGUUGACAGAUAUUUCAUUAGUUGAAAGUUGUUGGAGUAAAUCUUUGGAUAAGGUUGAGUGGUUAUUUCCACAACUGCAGCAAGGUUGUUGGUUUGUUGUGAACUUCCAGGAGAAUAAUUGGCAGAAUCAAUAGAAUAAUCAGUUUGUUUCAGAUUUCAUGCUGCCGUUGAUUGUCAAGUUGCUGCCACGGAUUUCCAAGCAUGCUGCCAAGGGUGUUUACUUCUAUAAAGAUGCAAAGAAGAAAUGAAGCGAGGAAGACCAG